UAAUCUUUGACAGAAACUAAAGAGAAGCUCAAUUAUUUUCAGAAUUUAGCUUCUAAAUUUGAACUUUUGUCUUACAUUAACUGUCUUCUUAUCUAGGGUUUAGCAAAAUAGUUGGAGAGCAAGCACAUAAGGUUGUCAGUUCGAAAUGUCUCAUUUCCUGUCAGUGAGCAAAGUGUCGGUUUCAACAUCUCAAAAAGGAGGGGUUAUUUUCUGCUCUUAGUUUCUGCUGUCUUUCGGUCAACAUUACGUGAAUCUAACAGGUUAAUCUUCAAGCUAUUAAUACAUUUUGAUACCAAACCCGGGUUAUCCUUGUAGAGUCACAGUGUGAAACACCAGGCGUGUGUAACAGAAGAGCUGAGGCCAAAAUGACCAGCUUUACCUUCAUUCUUUUUCUGCCAAUGGCAGCAAUCAUUACAGUAAAAUCUGAGCUUCAAAUCAACACCACAGAUGUGACAACAGGCAACAUGACCCAAAACACUCAGUUGGCAACACAACAGCCAUCAACUUUAGAACAGCUGUCAGAGAUCCCAUCCGUCAAUACUACAAUUACUACCAGUGUUGAUAGGACUACACCAAAGGACCCAAGAAUCUCUACUUCUACAUUGCACACAACUCAGAUGACACAUCCAGGAAUACUUUCAGUAAAUACUGAGACAGCACCAACUGUCACCAAUUCAUCAAACACACCAACUGUUAAGUCUAAUGUUUGGAAAUCCAUAACAACUCUGACUCGUCAGACCAGUCAGCGAAUCAACAAUUCAACAGCACCUCCGAUGCUAAGCAACAUUACGCAAAACCGCGGCACAGAGAGAACAUCAACCUCACCGAUCAAGUUAAACGAAGUGACCUCCUCAUUUAUACCGACAUCUACAUUGAUGGCCACUCAUACAAGAACCACAUCGAUCAAGGUUGAAGAAAGAAAAUCUAAAAGUACCAAGCGAGUUCCAGGUGGUGACACGACACAAUCCUCCACCUCAGAGACACCAAUCAUUGAUGAGGCAAAGAAAAAAGGUUCACAAGACAGCAAAGUUGUGGCAGCAAUAAUAGGUUCAAUGCUGUCACUGAUGAUUGUGGGAUUUCUGCUGAUAUACAUCCGCAUACAGAGACUUCAGAAGGAGCAGACGACUACUAGCUGGGCAGGUCCUUCGCCACUAAUGGAUGGGGAAGCUAACAAUGACAAUGCGUUAUUGGGAUCAUCCAACCGAAUUUCCAUGACCAGUUUUUUGCCAAACAGACUUUCAAAGGCAUUUUCUUUACUUCCAGAAACAAAUGAGAUGACAGAUAUCACUUCAAGAGGCACAUUAGAAGAAAAACACCAAGGAAGCACCUUUGGUCAAGCCAUUGAUGGAAAUGAUACACAAGAAAAAUAGUUUGCAGCUGCUGUUCCAGAAGAGAACACUGGAAGUGAAACUGAAGAGAUAGCUGUAAUGUCUGCCGCAGAGUUCUCUUUAGUGAACCAACAAUCAUCCUCAGACAAGGUCAUUCUGAUAUUUGAAGUGUUCAGCUUUCACGGAAAAAACAAAAGGUGGCCAUCCAAUCUUGAAUCAAAUCUGAAAACUGUAUGGUUAGUUUCCUGCCUGAGAAUGGAUUUUGGGGCACUGUGGAAAUUUGUGUCACAUUUCAACAUUAAUACAGUCAUUACCUGGAUCAUUAUGCUCACAUCAGCACACAGUAACUAAACCUACAAUAUCAACAAAUAUGACAAUCAGAAAUUAUCUGAAUCGUUUUUUUCUUGGGGAAUUUACUUGGCUAGUGCAAAAUGCAACUGGAUAUGUAUAGAUCUCUCUUGCUCUUUAAUGAAAAGCAGAAGGAAGUGUUGUAAGAGGAACACACAGCAAGAUAAAAUGUUGCCGACAUGCCACAUGCUUGAUUUGCUCUCUACACAGUAAUGCAGACUGCACUAUGAACAAAAGAUCUUCAGAAUACCGUCAUGAGACCAUAUUCUAGGAGAUAUAAACUCAAUAUGCAGGAUAUCACAAACCAGUUUAGUUUUAAAGACCUAGAAAACUAAUUAUGGCGUUAUAAGGAUGUUUCAUCAUCAAGUGCAACACAAAUGCUUCUUUGUCAAAGCUCUGUUUAGUCAUCUGUGUUUAGAAAUGUUGAAAUGGUUGGUCAAUAUGAUGGAUAGAUGAAUGCUUUAUUUAUCAAUGUGGGGAAAUUAAUAUCCAUCCAUCCAUUAAAUCUAUUAUCUUACACGCUUAAAAAAUUAGUUCAGGCAUGUGUUAGUCUUCUUGCUUUGAUCUAUUCUCCUCUAUGAAAAAGAGGAAGAUGGACAAUUUAUACGUUGGGUUAUCUAGAGAACACAAACAUAGUUUUUAAAGUGAAACAUAAUCAAAUUUAUGAAUUGCAUCCAAUUAAAAAAUAAUUAUAACAAGUAUAAUUAUGUACAGAGCAAAACAAUGGUUGCCAGAAAAUAAUAACAAAAUCCUUCUUCCAAAGAAGAGGUGUAUUUAGGAAACAAAGCAUGGACAAAAAUUAGGAUAAUUUGCAACAGUACUUCACGCUGUGUAAAGUUCAAUACAUUUUUAAAAAUGACUAGUGCAAAUACUUAUGAAUGGAGCAGUGUUUUAAGGGCAAAAUGGGCCUCCAGUGGCAUGUUGUUGGGUGAUUUUAAAUGAGUGCAUGUAUAUUAUGUAUGUAUAUCGCAUUAUAAAGAACAGAAAAUGGUUCUUGGUUGUUUUGAAGUUGUACUGCCAUCUUACAGGAAUCUGUUGAUUGUGCAGAUGCUGUAGACUAGUCUAAUAAUUUGUGUAAAUAAUUUCUUUGAAAGUGUACAGUGAAUAUUUGUGACUUGGAGAUCAAAUUGCAUGAAUAAAUAUUUAUAGCUUGGAAAGUAUUUGGAUCCUUUAUUCAAGACUGAAACGGACAAAGAAACUGGAUGAGUUAGUUGGGGAUAAGAUUUAUUGAACGUUAGUGUUUUCCUAUGCCUUUUCGAACUAAGUGUUAAAGUUUAACUUCUGUAUUUGGUUAUCAUUCCUAUUUUUAUGUCAUUAUUUCUCUAAUUUGACAUUUGUUUUUAAUGUUGGAAAUAA